AUGGAAAAUCAGGAAGAAAUAUUGAUGCUGCUGGAGCGCUUUACCAAAUCGAAGCAGAAGGACAUACCGCGCGAGCUGGAGGACUAUCUGAACUUUGUCGCCCGGACGGGCGAUACGCUGUACCGCUGGGUGCUGGUGAAGCCGCUGUUCCGUGAAAAGCUGGUCAAUGUAAUUACGGACUUUCAUCACAGCACACCUAGCAUUGCAGAUAUACCUCAGUGUCCCAACGUUGAUCCUUUCAACUUCGAACGGAUGAAGCGGGCGCUGCUCGAGCGGCUUGAUUCCUUCAAUUCGGCACCAUUUACGGUGCAGCGCAUCUGUGAGCUGCUGACGGAACCACGCAAACAGUACACCCGUAUUGACAAAUUUAUGCGCGCAGUAGAAAAGAACAUUUUGGGUGAGUAA